AUGGUAAAUCAAAAUCCCACCCAGAAAACACAAGGCUCGGGCAUCCAAUCAAGUUUUUAUAACGAGUCAUCCACGUUUUUGAGGAGUAAGCAUCUUCCCCGUCCUCACACCCAAAUAUUCUUUAACUUUAUCCUUGCCUCCCCGCUCAACGAAGUGAGAGCAUUUUUUAUAACGGUAAUCAAGAAAAAGUACCCAAAUGUAUUCUACGCCUAUGACUCCUCUUCGUUUUGCCUUUUAAAAUGUAACAGAAAUUUGAAGAAGGGCCAAAGAUAUGUUGUGUAUGGCAAGCUGACAAAAAACAGGCUGUACUUUCUGGAGAGUCUAAAGGAGGAAGAAGUAGAUUACAAAGAACUAUGCUACAUGCUGCUAUAG